AUGAGCACAUCUCCCACAGUGGUAAAUGCUAUGACGGACCCAGUAACAGAAAUCGACGGAGAAACAAACAGUGAAAUCACAGCAGAGGUCCCUUCUGGUACGUCCAGUGGAGAUAAAACUACUGGUUUAUUGUUUGCAGCUGAAACCACAAGUGCUAGUAUUGAUGCAGAAACUACUGCUACAACCAAUGCAGCCGGAACCACAAGUGCUACCUCUGAAGCUGCAACUAGAGGAACAUCUAUUGCACUGGACACCACUAGUACCAGUACAAGUACUAGUUUUGAUGCAGAAACGGCUGGAACAAGAACUGCCGCUGAAACCACUGGUUCUACCACUGGAGCUACGACUGCUGGUGCAUCCGUUGCAUUGGACAUUUCUAGUAUUGGUCCUGAAACAACUGGUACUACCAUUGCUUCCGAAACAACUAGCACUACCACUAGAACUACCACUAUGGGGACAUCCGUUGCAUCAGACACCACUACUACUAGUAUUGCUGCAGAAACUACUGGUACAGCCAGUGCAGCCUCAAGUACAACCACAAGAGCUGAAACUUCUGGUACACCCCUUACAGUAGACACCACUAGUACCAGUAUUGCUACAGAAACUACUGGAACAACCACUGCAGCUGAAACCACAAGUCUUACCACAAGAGCUGAAACUACUGGUACAUCGCAUGAAUUAGACACCACUAGUACGAGUUCUGAUGCAGAAACCACUGGUUAUGCUAUUGCAUCUGAAACAACAAGUUCUUCAAGAAAAACUGAAACUACUAGUACAUCCCAUGCAGUUGACAACGAUAGUACUAUUAUGGAUGCAGAAACAACUGGAACAACCACUGCGGCUGAAACCACAAGUCCUACCAGUGGAGCUGCAACUCCUGGUACAUCCCAUGCAAGAUACACCGCUAGUACAAGUACUGAUGCAGAAACAACCAAAACAAUCACAGCAGCUGAAACCACAAGUACUACCACAAGAGCUGUAACCACUGGUACGUCCAUUGCAGUAGACAUCACUAGUACUACUAUUGAUGCAGAAAUAAUUGGAACAACCACUGCAGGUGAAACCACAAGUUCCACAAGUGGGGCUGCAACUUCUGGUACAUCCCAUGCAGUAGACCCAACAAGUAUGAGUACUGAUUCAGAAACAACGGGUACAACUGCUGCAGUUAAAACCACAAGUACUACCAUAAAAACUCCAACAUCUGGUACAUCCUUAGCAGUGGACUCCAGUAGAACUACUGUUGAUGCAGAAACAACUGGAACAACCAAUGCAGCUGAAACCACAAGUGCUAACAAUGGAGUUGCAACUUCUGGUACAUCCAGUACAGUAGACAACACCAGUGCAAGUAAUGACGCAAAAACAACUGGUACAACAACUGCAGCUGAAACCACAAGUACUACCACUAGAGCUGCAACUUCUGGUACAUCCUUAGCAGUAGACACCACUGGUACGAGUACUGAUGCAGAAACAACUGGUACAACAACUGCAGCUGAAACCACAAGUCCCACCAGUGGAGCUGUAACCUCUGGUACAUCUCAUGCAGUAGACACCACUAGUGCUACUAUUGAUGCAGAAACAACUGGUACAAGAACUGCAGCUGAAACCACAAGUCCCACCAGUGGAGCUGUAACUUCUGGUACAUCCCAUGCAGUAGGCACCACUAGUGCUGCUAUUGAUGCAGAAACAACUGGUACAACAAAUGCAGCUGAAACCACAAGUCCUACCAGUGGAUCUGCAACUUCUGGUACAUCCUUAGCAGUAGACACCACUGGUACGAGUACUGAUGCAGAAACAACUGGUACAACAAAUGCAGCUGAAACCACAAGUCCUACCAGUGGAUCUGCAACUUCUGGUACAUCUCAUGAAGUAGACACCGCUAAAGCGAGUACUGAUGCAGAAACAACGGGUACAACAACUGCAGCUGAAACCACAAGUCCUACCAGUGGACCUGGAACUUCUGGUACAUCCCAUGCAGUAGACACCACUAGUACGAGUACUGAUACAGAAACAACAGGUAGAACAACUGCAGGUGAAACCACAAGUCCUACCAGUGGAGCUGCAACUUCUGGUACAUCCCAUGCAGUAGACACCACUAGUACGGGUACUGAUGCAGAAACAAGUGGUACAACAACUGCAGCUGAAACCACAAGUCCUACCAGUGGAUCUGCAACUUCUGGUACAUCCCAUGAAAUAGACACCACUAAAGCUAGUACUGAUGCAGAAACAACGGGUACAACAACUGCAGCUGAAACCACAAGGACUACAAAAAGAGGUGAAACUACUGGCACAUCCAUUGAAGUAGAUACCGCUAGUACAAUUAUGGAUGCAGAAACAAUUGGUACAACAUCUGCAGCUGAAACCAAAAGUCCUACCAGUGGAGCUGGAACUUCUGGUACAUCCCAUGCAGAAGACACCACUAGUGCGAGCACUGAUGCAGCAACAACUGGUACAACAUCUGCAGCUGAAACCACAAGUCCUACCAGUGGAUAUGCAACUUCUGGUACAUCCCAUGAAAUAGACACCACUAAAGCGAGUACUGAUGCAGAAACAACGGGUACAACAGCUGCAGGUGAAACCACAAGGACUACAAAAAGAGGUGAAACUACUGGCACAUCCAUUGCAGUAGAUACCGCUAGUACAAUUAUGGAUGAAGAAACAACUGGUACUACAACUGCAGCUGAAACCACAAGUCCCACCAGUGGAGCUACAACUUCUGGUACAUCCCAAGCAGUAGACACCACUAGUGCGAGUACUGAUGCAGAAACAACUGGUGCAACAACUGCAGCUGAAACCACAAGUCCCACCAGUGGAGCUGCAACUUCUGGUACAUCCCAUGCAGUAGACACCACUAGUGCGGGUACUGAUGCAGAAACAACUGGUACAACAACUGCAGCUGAAACCACAAGUCCUACCAGUGGAUCUGCAACUUCUGGUACAUCCCAUGAAAUAGACACCACUAAAGCGAGUACUGNCUGCAGCUGA